AUGAAGUUCGUCGCUGUCGCCUCCGUCUUCCUGGCCUCUGCCAUCGCCGCCCCUCUCGAGGAGCGCUCCGACAGCUAUCCCGCUGGCAACACGGGCUACGGCAACGAUGACUCGUACUCCGCCCACCAGUACAAGGAUGGCAACCGCCACAACCACGGCAACGGCGACUACUCCAAGGAUGUCUACCGCCUGCCUCUUGGCGGCUCCUACCCCAAGGGCUCCGACUUCCCCAGCCGCGGCAACGACCACUACGCCGGGUACCGCCGCGGCGACGACUAUCCCGUCCACGACCACCACGAUGGUGACUUCCAUGACCACAAGGACUUUGGGCACAAAGACUUUGGGCACAAGGACUUUGACCACAAGGACUUCAGCCACAAGGACUACCCCCACGGCGGCUUCCCUAGCCAUGGCGGAUUCCCCAACAGCGGAUACCCUUACAACAAGGGCUACCCUCGCGGCGGCUACCCCAAUAACUGGAACAACGGUGGCAACUGGAACAAUGGCGGCAACGGCGGCAACUGGAACAACGGUGGCAAUGGCGGUAACUGGAACAACGGCAACAACGGUGGCAACUGGAACAACGGCAACAACGGCAACAACGGCGGCAACUGGAACAACGGCAACAAUGGAGGCAACUGGAACAACGGCGGCAACAACGGCGGCAACAACGGUGGCAACAACGGCGGCAACAAUGGCGGCAACAACGGUGGCAACAACGGUGGCGGCAGCUUUGAUCUCUGCCCCGCCGGUCUCCUCUACUCCACUCCCCAGUGCUGCCAGACUGGUAUCCUCGGUGUUGCCGACCUCGACUGCAAGACCCCGAGCGAGAGGCCCAGCGCCGGCUCCUCGUUCCAGUCCAUUUGCGGGAAGCAGGGUCGCAAGGCUCAGUGCUGCUCCAUCCCCGUUGCUGGCCUUGCCGUCCUCUGCACCGACCCCGUCGGCGCCUAA